GUACGAAGGCUGGUCAGUUGCUUGUCGACAGGAAGUGAAGCGUGUUUUCAGUGUGACCUGUGCGGAUUACAGCAUGCCUAUUCUACUGUAGAAAGAUACAUUAAAGUUGACUAGCAAACAUUUAAAAUAGGUAAUUCCGCGUUGCUUGAGGAACAUUGUCUGUUGAGGAGAAUGUGUGUGGUUUACAAACACGAAAGUUUGUUUGGAGCGGACAAUAUCAACAGGAACACAUGCAUCUGCUGUGUGGAAUUCUGAAUAUCCAGUCACAUGUUACUGGGUUAGGUUUUAGAAAACUCGGGGACAGAUAUUUCUGGUCAACGGAGGGACGUCAGCAGACUGACCGUGAACAAUGCCCUUACCAUUUGGAUUGAAAUUAAAGAGAACACGAAGGUACACGGUCUCCAGCAAAAGCUGCCUCGUUACGCGCAUCCAACUGCUCAACGGUGAAUUUGUGGAGUUCACACUUUCUGUCGAGAGCAUCGGUCAGGAAUGUCUGGAAGCUGUUGCCCAGAGACUAGAGCUGCGAGAGGUGACAUAUUUCAGUCUCUGGUACUUCAACAAGCAAAACCAGCAGAGAUGGAUUGACUUGGAAAAACCUCUGAAAAAACAGCUGGACAAAUAUGGCUUGGAGCCCACCGUUUACUUCGGAGUCGUGUUUUAUGUGCCAAGUGUGUCCCAGCUCCAGCAAGAGAUAACCAGAUACCAGUAUUACCUUCAGCUGAAGAAAGACAUCUUGGAAGGCCGAAUACCUUGCUCCAUAGAACAGGCCAUACGACUGGCGGCCUUAGCCGUGCAAGCUGAUUUCGGAGACUUCAAUCGCUAUGAAUCCCAGGAAUUUCUUCAGAAGUUUGUGUUGUUUCCUAUUGGCUGGAUCCAGGAUGAACGAGUGCUGGAAGAGGCGACUCAGAAAGUGGCCCUGCUCUAUCAGAAGUACAGAGGGCUGCCAGUCCCAGAGGCUGAAAUGCUCUACAUGCAGGAGGUGGAGAAGAUGGAGGGCUACGGCCAGGAGAGUUAUCAAGCCAAGGAUAGCCAAGGCACAGAUGUACUCAUUGGGGCAUGUCUGGAUGGGAUCUUUGUGAAGCACAAAAACGGCAGGCCUCCUGUUAUAUUUAGGUGGAAUGACAUCAACAACAUGACUCACAAUAAGUCUUUCUUUGCUCUGGAGCUGGCCAAUAAAGAAGACACCAUUCAGUUCCAGACUGAAGACAUGGAAACCUCCAAAUACGUGUGCCGGAUGUGCCUGGCCCGGCACAAGUUCUAUAAGAUAAACAAGAGCAGCCUAGACGAGAGCCAAUCCCCGCCUUCUGAGAGCUCCCAGAAGUCUAUUCUCUCCCUUUCCUUUCCGCGCUUUCCAACACUCUCACGUCCGUCUCCGCCUUCUAGCAAGGGCCAAACUCAGGCUGCUGCCGUCAACCCUGUCAGACGAAGAUCAUCCACCAGGCUGUCUCUGCCAAAACCGCAAGGCUACAUGAUGGCUCCCCCACAGAUGCAUUACAAUGGCCAUUACACUGAACCGUACACGUCAUCCCAAGACAACCUUUACAUGAACAAUCAGAACGGCUACUACUACCACUCCCAGACCAGCCUGGACCGCUCGCCUCACGAGUACAACGGAAGGAUCCGGAACGGGAGCGUGUACAGCGCCCAGAGCACCAGCUCGCUCAACAACCCUCAGCACUACCACCAGCCCUCGCCCAUGUCCUCCAACCCCAGCAUCACGGGCAGCGACAUCAUGCGCCCGGACUACAUCCCUUCCCACCGCCACAGCGCUCUCAUACCGCCGUCCUACCGCGCCACGCCCGACUACGAGACCGUGAUGCGGCAGAAGAACCAGGGCCCCCCGCCCAGCGAGCGCCAGAGCCACUCCAUGCGCAACCUCAACAUCGGCAGCUCCUACGCCUACAGCCGGCCCGACCCGCUGGUGUACAGCCAGCCCGAAAUCCGGGAGCACGGGGGACACCACCCCGGGUCCCACGGGGCCGGCCACUACCCCUUCCACCUCAACUACAGCUUCCACAGCCCGUCCCCCUACCCCUACCCCGGGGAGCGGAGGCCCGUGGUGGGGGCGGUGAGCGUGCCCGAACUCACCAACGUCCAGCUGCAGGCCCACGAGUACCCGGCGCCCAACAUCAUGAGGACCCAGGUGUACCGCCCCCCGCCCCCGUACCCCUACCCCUACCCGCGUCCCGCCAACAGCACGCCCGACCUCUCCCGCCACCUCUACAUCAGCAGCAGCAACCCCGACCUGAUCACGCGGCGCGUUCACCACUCCGUGCAGACCUUCCAGGAGGACAGCCUGCCCGUGGCGCACUCCCUGCAGGAGGUGAGCGAGCCGCUGGUGACCUCCCGCCACACGCGCAUGCAGAAGCGCAACAGCAUCGAGAUCGCCGGGCUGGCGUACGGCCUGGAGGGCAUCACGCUGAAGGAGAGGACCGUGUCGGCCUCGGCCGCCGAGGGCCCGCCCCCCCGCGUGGCCCCCGCCACGGGCUCCCAGCUGGACGUCUUCCUGGAGCGGACCAAGCCGGAGGAGGAGGCGGGGGGCAGCAAGGAGGACCUGCGCUACGGGCACAAGAAGUCCCUGUCGGACGCCACCAUGCUGGUCCACAGCAGCGGGGAGGACGAAGAGCUGGAGGACGAGAACGGGCGUCACACGCCGCGCUCCCUCGACGACCCCGCGGCCGGCGGCAUUCUGGGGCCGCCCCCCGUCGAGGCCCCGCCCGCCUACCCCUUCGGCUCCGCCCUGGACCCCGCCCUGGCCAGCGCGCUGACCUAUCAGCCGCACCCGCUGAUCCGCGAGCAGGAGGCGGACGGCUGGGUGCUGGUGGACGGGCGGCCCCAGAGGAGGGAGGGGAACCCCAUGGUGCCCUCCGUCUCCGAGAGCAACCUGAGCGCGUCCGUCCGGCAGAGGCCCAAGAGGGACCCCACCAAGAGGAGGCCCGUCUCGGACGUGCCCCCGCCCGGGAAGAGGAACCCGUUCGAGGGCCUCCCUCCUACAGGGGGCAUGAAGAAGGGAAGCAAGUCGGACCUUAAGAAGAUGGGCCCCAUGAAGAUGGCCGCGCUCAACGGCCUGACGGUCUCCAGGAUGCCCAUGCACGACGAGGGCAAGGACGAGGCUGAGGCGGCCUCCAACGACGAGAGGUGUAAGCUCCUGGAGCAGAGGCUGGAGCAGGGCAUGGUGUUCACCGAGUACGAGCAGGUGCCCAAACGCCGGCCCAACUGCGACUGCUCCACCGCCCUGCUGCCCGAGAGCGGGGAGAGGAACCGCUUCCAGGACGUGCUGCCCUACGACGACACGCGCGUGGAGCUGGUGCCUACCAAAGAGAACAACACGGGCUACAUCAACGCCUCGCACAUCAGGGUCAGUGUGGGCGGGGAGGAGUGGAGCUACAUCGCCUCCCAGGGGCCACUCAGCAGCACCUGCCAGGACUUCUGGCAGAUGGUGUGGGAACAGGGCGUGGCCAUCAUCGCCAUGGUUACUGCUGAGGAGGAAGGGGGCAGGGAGAAGAGCUUCCGUUACUGGCCGCGGCUGGGCUCACGCCACAACACGGUGACCUACGGCCGCUUCAAGAUCACCACGCGCUUCCGCACGGACUCCGGCUGCUACGCCACCACGGGCCUGAAGAUCAAGCACCUGCUGACAGGCCAGGAGCGCACCAUCUGGCACCUGCAGUACACCGACUGGCCCGACCACGGCUGCCCCGAGGACUUCAAGGGCUUCCUGGCAUACUUGGAGGAGGUCCAGUCCGUGAGAAGGCACACAAACAGCACCACAGACCCAAAGAACAACAGCCUGCCGGUUCUGGUCCACUGCAGUGCCGGAGUGGGACGGACCGGGGUGCUCAUUCUGUCAGAACUCAUGAUCGCUUGUUUGGAACAUAACGAGAUGCUGGACGUCCCCACGGUUCUGAACAUGCUGAGGAGUCAGCGCAUGAUGCUGGUGCAGACCAUCUCGCAGUACACCUUCGUUUACAGAGUGCUCAUCCAGUUCCUGAAGAACUCCAGACUCAUAUAGCCCUCUACGUUUCGGAGCGGGCGCGGUCCACGCGGCCCGAGGAGCCAGACGCGUUCCUAACACCGCCGCGCUUCCGGCGCUAGCCGAGCUGAGGCCUCGCCUGGCCUGUGCUCGGCCGCCGCCAGAUUGAGAGUCCUCUGCUCGUGUGACUCUUGAGACCCGGAGUGGUGGGGCAGGAGCUGGCCUUGUUGCAGUGAAUUGCCCACUGAAUUGCACUUUCAAAGUAUUAGUGGAGCAAAUAGACCUGGAAUAGGCCUAAAUGAAGGAAUUUGGAGUGCACUAGCCAGCGAACGCAUCACCAUUGUGUUACCUCUUGACAGUAUUAUAUUGAGAUUUUGCUGUGGGGUUUUACACUAAAAGCUUAUUUUACAAAAUCUAUUAAAUAUCCCAGCACUUUUUCUUUGGCUGUACAUAGCAAUGAAUGUUUUUAAAAGCUGCAAGUAUACGAUCAAUGUGUAACACGAUUGAUUGCGGCACUUUUUAUUACUGAUGUUUUUGUAGUUUUCUUUUUUCAGUUUUAGCUAGGAGGAACUGUGUGAGCAAAAGUUGGUUGAGAAGGAAUGAAGAUAAAUGAAGUUAAGAAGAGUUUGGAUUUGUUUCAGAAGUAUACGGUGUGCACUGAAUCUGAGAAAUGUAGGAUAGUAACACUAAAAAGAAAAUAUAAAGACUGGGUUUAUAUUAUCGACAUCUUUAUAUAUUUUUCAGUUUUCUGUUUAACAGGAAGAAAUUCAAUUAUUCCUUUAAAUUAUGGGAAAAUAUUCUUGGAGCAAUAUCUGAAGAGAAGAACAAAAUGACAUGGUUGCAGUUUAUGAUCUGUUCUUAGGUGACUAGUGAAGGUCAUUUUUGAUAAGGCCCUCCCUAUACUUAUGAUGAGGUCAGGAUGCAAGCCCUUAAAGCAAAACUCUACCAGCAGCUAUGAAGAGUGACAGAUGAAAACGGGUUGCUAUAAAGGGGAUUUAGUCAUGGUUAUGCCUUUUUAUCUGCGAUUCAAUCUCGUCAAUCUAGAUUUCUUCAUAUUAGCUAAAUAUGACCAUCAACAUUGAGAAAUAAGAUGUGUUUUUACUUAAAGCUGGGGUAAGCGAUCUUUGGGCACGAGCAGAAUCUGGGCAGAAGAAAGAUUUUUACUGUAUACAGCGGUGAAAAUCCCAUCCCCUCUUCUCUAGUCAGUCUCUCUGGGAUGCACGCCACAAUUUUGACAGGCAGGUAGCUCCUAGCUGAGAGCCGCCCUCAUUGGAUGUUAGCUACCGGGAGCAAUGAAAAGUCCCUGAAAAUCUGUCCUGGGACAGUCACAGACAUCAGAUUUUUCCCCCCCGAGCAGUUGGUUUAAUGCUUGCUGUCGGAAUGUGAAGAGAACAAAACAUUACCAAAAAAUAGCCUACCCCAGCUUUAAAGAAUUAAGAUAAUGGACCUCUAGUAUUAGGAAGGGGCUAAAUUCAAUGCAAAGUGGUAACUUCCAAGGCAGGUUUCAUCGUCGUAUCGAAAGAUAGAUCAUGUCCAUACACUGCUUAAUACUCCCAAAAAAGCAAAAAGCAAUAGAAACACAUGACACAGAAAAGAUGACCAGGUUUGAAUCCCCCAGGGAACUUUGCCAGGUAACAGAACACUAAUGUUUUACCUGUGUGUAUAGGUGUGGUCAUGCCGAAAAGCAGGGGGGGCACCAUGUGAAAAGACAUCGUCCUCCCAGAUUAACUCACUGUUCACAGAGUUUCCACUGCCCAAAAUACCAAAUAAAUUCAACCUGUACAAAUUCAGUAUUUUUGAUAGGCUGUUUUCAUCUUUAAAAUAACAGACAUGCUAUAACUCCUUUAGACAAUCCAUAACUUGUAUUACUUAUGCGAGUCCACUUUUGUAAUGGCUUUUAUGGUAUUGAGUUACAAGCGAAACCAGUCCAUCUACCGGUGUGGAAGGGUAGGAUGACCCAAGUCCUUCCCACAUAUUUUCCAAAUAACUCUGGGCUUAAACAUACAGUACUGCCAUUGGCAUUGUUCAGCGGUUUCAAAUGUGUGCAAUGGUUAAAUGACAAUAUAAAAUAUGCUUCCAUGGUGCUAAAUAUCAAUAUUUACUUGGCAAUCAACAUAACCUUGGUCACCUCUUGUGUUUAUUAAGUGGGUGAAAUGUCUACCAUGAUUUUACCCAAUAUGGUAUCACUGCUUGUGUUCCCGGUCUACAAAUGAUUGGCUCAACCUUUACUUAGAGACAGUGACGUUUGUGCUCUGAAAGUAUUGUGAGCUACUUUGGUUCAUAUGCUUUUUACACAGUGACAGGGUUUCUCGCAUUUACCCUACAUUCCAUUAUCAUCUUGCGUUUACAUGGACACAAUAUUCCGGUUAUUGCCAUUAUUCUGAAUAAGAUAAUUUUUCAAAUAAGACAUGGCCACUUUUUUUUUUUUACAUGGCCACUGAGAAAGCAAUGUUCUUAAAUAUUCCCGUUUACAUGCAGCCAUGCAUAGUACAAUUAAACGUAAAACUGCCAGGUAAGAUUUCCUAUCUUACACGCUUUAUUCAACUUAAAAAGUUUAAAAGUAGGAUCAUUUCUCCCAGCAUGUAAAAAUGUGUCUCUCUUCCAUCCUUGUGCUCUGCUAACUGCUAGCUAGCAUUUUUGCUGUUUGAGAGUUACAGUGGCUGGCUAAAUAUAAGAAUAUAUUUUGACAGUUGUAAGAGCCGUGGCACUUUGAAAAACACCGGUCGUAAGCAACACCCACGACAUUUGUAUUUCAAACUGUUGUGAAAACCCAAAGUGAGAUUGUUAUUCCAGAUAAGCUGUAUACAUGCCCAAAUAGUGCUUCAAUACCCCAAGUAAUAUUGGCAUGUGCCACGUGUUAAUAUGCCAUAAUCAGAAUUAUGCCUUCGGGGUAUUCAAUCAGAAAAUGCUGUUUACAUAACCUGUAUCUUAUUCAGAAUAAUACGGGAAUGACGGGAAUGCAAGUAGCUUGCUUCAAUAUUAAACAAUUUGUAGGUUUUCAAAAGGAGAACACAUUUCCUUCCUCAUUAGUAUCACCAAAACACACAGUGUACUGAUACGUUGAUGUAGGCUACAGUUGCGCAUUAGUGAAAGCAAGUUUGAGAAAAAAGGCCAUUUAAAAGUUUUGAAGGAGCAUCAAAUGAGUUGAAUCUGUAACAGAGUGCCGAAAUGUUGUAUCAAAGGCAUUUUCCACAACAAAGGGGCAAUGGUUUAAUGAAUGUUACAUAAUGUGAACACAGUUUAAAUUGUGAACAGUACAUUUUUAAAUAAUGAAUCCAUUUUGCUAAAUUAUUUUUACAUUGGCUCGCUUGAGAAAAGUGCCUCAAUGAUUUUUUUCUAGUUUUUUGUAGGUUUUAUGAAGGAAAUCGGUAUGUUGUGGAUAACAAUCCUUUGAAAUGUUUUGUGCUAGAUUUUGGUCUUUUUGAUACCAUAUACAAAGGGGUAAUUGAAGGUUUCAUCUAAUUUAAUGAAUUGCAUUGAGAUAUGACUCUUGUAAUAAGUGCUUUUGGCAGCACUAUGAUAAGAUUGUUGCAUAUUUUUAUACCAGGUUACUUGGUGUUGAGUUUGAUGUGCUGUGCUUAUUUGGUGAAUGGGGGCUUGUCACAGGUAAAUAUCAGUGGAAGCCGGAAUUGAAUGUGUCAGGAUUGCCACAGUGACCUGACAGUUAUUCUCACUCCAGUGAGACUUUCAGAUAUCCUGUACUACGGGGAGGGACACAUCCUGCUGAUAAACAGAUCUACUACAGUCACAGUAACUUGUUCCCAAAGCCAUUCUAAAUAAUGACCUUAGACAUGCAAGACAUGCAAGGCUUCUGCAUGUUGUGUUCAAAAACUAGUCAUCCUUUUAAGAGCGUAUGGACUCACUACCGUCCGGCUUCUGGUGAAGGUUGAAUUAUGAUUUGAAUUGAUACUCAUGGUAGACCCCGGACCAGGCUCCCAGUACAAAUGGCUCUGAGUGUUGAAGGAGACCAAUUCACUCAUCAAAAUGAACAAUGAAGGAGAAUAGUGUUUGCUAAAAGAAAGUGAAAUAAUUGAAGGUGUGCCCUGGGUAAUCCAUAGUGUUGGAGGAAAGAAUGGUCUGUUGUGUGGAUCCUAAUAGAUUGAUUAUGAAGUUUGGGUGGAGCAUCUGGUUCUCACUUUGUGAAUUAGAAUUGUGGUUAAAAUGGACACCAUAAUAAUGACUGAACUGGAAGGCGCAUAGCGCCUAUCAAGUAAUAUAGAAUAUAAAGAAGGGUUAUAAAGAAGGAAAAACGGGACACGUCCUUGUAAAGCUGCUUUUGACUUUAAUUGGCUGUGCAGAUGCGGGUUAUAUUGCUUCCCAGUCUUAUACAGGUGGUUUAUGAGGGCGGUGGGGGGGAGAGAGGCAGAUGCCUGCACAUUUGCUGUUCAUCCACUCUUAUAGUGUUCUAAUCUUAUGCUGUACAAUUUGUAAAAUCUCUCCAGCUUUAAAGCUUAAUGAACAUAUUUGUAAAGCUAUGUACAAAUUGUAUCUAAUAAGCAAAAAUGUAUUCCAUUGUAAAGAACUGUUUAGAGGAAUCUUUUUCUGCUUUGAAUAAAUAUUGAAAACUC